GACAAGUGAGGCCACCUGUGAGAAAUUCAGCCAUGUCACACGGUGCGUCGUCGUAUCUGGGGACCUGCGCGCACCUCUUCCUGCCUCUGCGCAGACUUCCCUUCAGCAGAAUAUAGAAAGGGGAUCGCAGGUUUUUUUUUCAAAUCCAAACGUCAGUCUGUUCUUUAAAAGCGUGUCGUCACCGGGGUGGCUGUUGCGGAAGUGGCCUGCGCUGUUACGGAGGAUGAAACCUGCUUGGUGAGAGAACACUAGAGAGGGGAAAGGUGUGCGCUCUAGACCUGCAGACCCAUCCGGGUGGAUAUGGAGUGUUCCGGUACCUGAUCGUCUGAGAUCCCUUGCUUCGUCUUCUUAUCUGUGUCUUUAAUCCCCUUCAAAUUGUUGGUUGCUGGUCAGAGAAGAGCGUUUUUUGGAGCUAUGGGUGCACUACAGUCCCUAUCCGGUCACCCAGAAUAUAUUGAUCUGGCGGAAAAGACGGGCUUUUCAUUCGAACAGAUCGGAGUCCUUCAUAAAAGAUUCAAGCAGCUGAGCCACAAUGAAGGCACUCUACGGAGAGCUCACUUCAAUGAAAUCCCAGACCUGGCGUGCAAUCCCAUCCGUGCACAGAUCGUGGAGGCUUUCUUUGACAAAAGAAACUUUCACCAGAAUGAUGACGGAACAAUUGAUGAGAUCAACUUUGAGGAAUUCCUGGUGGUCAUGUCUCAUUUCAGACCUCCUGCCCUCCAUUUGACCGAAGAGCAACGCGGAAAUGUCAGAAAAGAGAAACUGAGAUUUUUAUUCAACAUGCAUGACACUGACAAUGAUGGGACAAUCACCCUUGAGGAGUACAGACACGUAAGCAUCAGCAUGCUUUCGCCUGGCAGAAAGAAUGUUCCACUCAUGGUGGUGGAGGAGCUGUUAUCUCGCAGUGGAUCACUGGAGAAGGAGACAGCCAAAAGCAUUGCUGAUGCAGCCAUGUUGGAGGUUGCCAGUAUUUCAAUGGGUCACAUGGAACCUGAUGAAUUCUAUGAAGGAAUUACAUUUGAGCAUUUUCUGAAGCUGCUGGAUGGUUUUGAAAUUGAAUCAAAAAUGAGUGUUCGCUUCUUGAACAUGGAUGCAACUACCCUGUGUAAGUGAGGAAGAUGCAAUGUUUAUUCAUUUUUUUCUGUUUGAUGCUUGCACUGAAUGAUUGUAUUAGCAAUCAUUUGCAAAACUAUGCAAAUCCAAAGUCACUAAACCUGCUCUGGGUGCAUUAGAGGUAGUUUACUUUUAUUAUAAGCAAUAAUUUACCACUGUGGUAUGAAUGUCUGAAUGAAAACUGUUAUAGUCAAAUAUCUAUGACUAGAUUAAAUAAUGUAACUCGGUGCAUGAAUAUAGAAAUGCUUUAAUAACCUCAAAGAAUGCUAUUUUUAUAAAUUAUAUUAAUCAGGAAUGUGAAAGCCUGCCUUGUAACUAAAUGUUUAUCACAAAAUCAUUUGAAAUGCUUUAUUUUAAGGUCACAGAUAACACUUCAUGCGUGCUCCGCACAAUAUGUUUACACAAUAAAUAGCUGUAUAAAAGAGCUCUGACUUCAGCACUGUCCAUCUGCAUUUAUUUAGAUAAUUUUCUUUUUUUUACUUGGUUUUAGUUAUAAGUUUUGCAUCACAAUUAGUAGGAAGGGAAAAUGGUUUUCUAUUCACACCAGAAGCUAGAUGUAGAAUAGAUUACAUCAGGGUUUCUCAGAAAAGUCAUUGUACUCUAAGAAUAAGUGCUUUUCAAAUAUGUCUCAUGUUGUUAAAAGUUUCUCGUCACUUUGACAGGCUGUGUAUGUCCACAUUGGUUGAAUGUGAAAGAGUGUCAGUUAGAGGAAAGGAAAUACAGCAUUGCAUCCAGUUUUAUUACGUCCUACAUACCACAUGAUAAAGUUUUGAACAAGUGUGUACAGGAGUAAUGUUUGUCUGAAUUUUAAGAAUGCUCAAAAUUCACAGGAAAAAGAAAUGAAAGGUUAUGUAACACAGUGACUGUAAAAUGGGCACGUUUUGUCAUUCUCUUUCUCUCUGCAGUCAUAAUCAAUAUAAACGCCAAAAUAAAAACAGAAUGCUUGAAAUUCCUGA